CAGGUGAGCACCGACACAUGGGUCGGGAGCUACGCGGCUACAGCGGAGGCCUUUGCAAAGGAGAAUCCCCAGAUUGCCGCCGUUGAUUUGGGUGCCAUGGGAUACAGUGGCGAGGAGUCGAUCUACUUGGCGCAAGCGACCAUGGAUCUGGGGCAAGAUGACAGCGGUUUGGCCUUGGACUUUUACAAAAGUUACAACACGAGCCACCACAAUCCUAAGAAGUACUUCGACAGCCUCUCCGAUGUGGAUCCAUCGGAAUUGGCCUUGUGUAGUGACACGGAUUUCAGCAACCGCCAGCGCAUGAAUGCGUAUGCCAGGUUCUCCGGAGACUAGGAUGGAAUGGUGCAGCAAUCUGAUGGAUCCUACAUCGCCAAGUGUCCGGAUGGACGUUGGUGGCCUGCCCCCGCGUGUCGCAGUGACCUGACGAAGUGCAUUCCAACCUUCACCGCCUCACCUGGCUGGAAGCUCCAGGCCAUGAUGCAGUGGACUGCUGCCUAUGGUUUUCCAGCAGCAAUUUCUAUUUCAAAUGUGUGGGGCAACUUUGAGAAGCACGUUCGCAGUUUUCGCGCGCUCCACUACUGGUGGGUUCCUGAUUCGACUUUUGUGGAGAUGUUGCCACAACCGGUAGUUUUUCCUCGACAUAUCGCCAGUGAAUGGGAAACUCGGCUGAACGUGAUCUGA